UCCCCAGCUCUGCCGGCGAGGGGGUGGGAGGGGGACGGGUCACGUGGCGCCCCGCCCACUGCGCUGCUGUUGCCCUAACAUGGAAGUAUCCACCUGGCCAGAAAAGUUGGGACAAUUCUAAGCCUUUACCACCUGAUAUAAGACUUUUGCAGGCCAGAGCAGUGGCCUCAACUUGAAACAGAACUUGUUAAGGUGAUGCUAAUGCGGCUGGUUGGGCACCACGCUUUGAGAAGAACGAACCCACCUAUAUCACACUGCAGCUGGAACCCUUUGUUUCUCUGCCUGGGACUCAGCGGCCCCUCCACCUGUAAAGUCUUCAAAGAGGAACUCCUGCUGGAUGGCUGAGUCAGCUAAGCUCUGGGUUUCAGGGCAGAUCAUGAUCUCACAGUUUUCCCCAGCAAUCAUAAUGUUGCCUAACUUGGAUCAUCUGCACUCAUCCAACUGAAGUCCGAGUCACUGCAAGAAGCUUCUGUUUUCUUCCAACCACGUCAAGAAGUUUUCUCCGGGCUCUUCUAACAUGUAUGAAAACGAGUGUGAAUGUCAGCUGCUCCUAAAAGAAAUGCUGGAACGGCUUAACAAGGAAGCUGAUGAAGCCUUACUGCAUAACCUGCGCCUUCAGAUCGAAGCCCAGUUUCUGCAGGACGAUAUCAGUGCAGCAAAGGACAGGUACAAAAAGAAUCUUCUGGAAAUUCAGACCUAUGUCACCAUCCUGCAGCAGAUUGUCCAGACCACCCCUCAAGCAUCUGCCAUUACAAGUGGGAUGAGGGAGGAGAAGCUCCUGACGGAACGAGAAGCCGCUGUCCUGCAGAGCCAGCUGGAGGAGGGCCGAGAGGUAGUGUCCCUCCUGCAGGCACAGAGAGCCGAGCUGCAGGCCCAGACGGCGGCCCUGGAACAGGCUAUUAAAGAUGCCCACGAGUGUUACGAUGACGAGAUUCAGCUCUAUAAUGAGCAGAUUGAAAGCCUGCGGAAGGAGAUUGAGGAGACUGAGAGGAGCCUGGAGAGGUCUUCCUAUGACUGCCGGCAGCUGGUGGUCGCCCAGCAGACCCUGAAGAAUGAGCUGGAGCGGUACCACCGGAUCAUUGAGAACGAAGGCAACAGGCUGAGCUCUGCCUUCAUUGAAACUCCUGUCACCCUGUUCACCCCAAGCCAUGGAACCUUUCUCAGCUCUCGGCUUGGUGGGAAAGAUCUCACUAGGGCUGUGCAGGAUAUAACAGCAGCAAAACCAAGACAGAAAGGUCUCCCCAAGAACAUUCCAAGGAAAAAGGAGAUUAUAGCUAAAGACAAAGCUGAUGAGAGUCUGGAAGACAUACCACUGAAAGGUCCAGAAGACACAAAGCUGGUGCAGGUGGUACCCAAAGAAGAAGGUGAGUCUAAGCUUGAAUUAGGAGCCGAAGAAGCAAGUCUCCCAACCCCAGAAGGGGCUCCAGAAGACGUGCCAGAUGGAGGGCAGAUAAGCAAAGCCUUUGGGAAACUGUUCAAGAAGGUCAAAGACAAAGUGAAAAGCCCCAAAGAACCCGAGCCUCCGGCUGACCUCUACACCAAAGGGCGGUACGUGCUGGUUUCUGGGGAUGCCAGUUAUGUGGACCCUGGGUUCUGUUCCUUCUCCAUCCCAGCCAAAGGCGGAGUGGUUAUUUCCAUUGAGGAUGACUCUGUACAUCGCGACAGCACUGUGGAGCCCUCUCCUGAGCCGCCCGGGCCCCCUGUGGAGAAUGGACAGGGGGACCUUCAGGAGAAGGAAGGCGGAAAGGCACCUAACCAGCAUACUGCCGACAAGAAGAAUGAGAUUAGUGCCGAAGAACCGAAAGGGCCUGGGGAGAAACAUGAUGACCAGAAGGAAGAGAAGGAAAAGGAGGAGGAGGAGGAGGAGGAGGAGGAGUCGGAGGAGUCCAAGGGGCCCUGUCCCGUGAUCACACCUGGUCCAGAGGGACCAUCUACACCCCAGUCGCAAAGGCCUGGGGUCGGUCAGGGUGGAUCUGGGGGGCAUACAGCUAGGAGCAGUGAUGCACCGGAGAGAAGUCCGCCCAGGACUUUGGCAUAUGAGAAGGUGGAAGUGAUGGAAUCCAUUGAGAAGUUUUCCACGGAGAGCAUCCAGACGUAUGAAGAAACGGCUGUCAUCGUGGAGACCAUGAUUGGGAAGACAAAGGCAAACAAGAAGAAAUCGGGAGAGAAGAGCUCUUAAAAUGCCCGGGGUCAGUGGGAAACAACGUCUUUGGGGCCACUGUAGGGGAAGUGCCUUGAUAUUUUAGAACAGAUGACAAAAGAGUGAAGGUUCCUUGUUUGGAUUAGACCAUAGUUGGCCCUUCUGACGUUGCCAAUGAAGCCUUAAUUAAAAAGUUUUCUUUGCUUGCA